GGGGUUGCGCGAAGGGGUUGCGCGACAGGCCCAUGUCCGAAUCAAAGCGAAUGGGAAACGUAUUAAAAUGUGGCAUAUUGUCACGUGUUUGCACUUUUAAAUCAUCCUAACUUUCACGCAAUUCGAUACCCCAAAUUCGCGAAUCUUCCCACGAACACGACCACCUUCAAAAAUGUCAAGCAGAGUGGAAAUAGUAUCUCCAGAGGGUCUCAGAGUGGAUGGGCGCAGGCCGCUGGAGCUCAGACGGGUGCUGACGCGGAUAGGGGUGUUGUCUCAGGCCGACGGUUCGGCGUAUGUGGAGCAGGGGAAUACGAAGGUGCUUGCUGCCGUGUAUGGACCGCGAGAGCCCGUGAAACGCUCCGGCGUACAGCACGACCGCGCCCACAUGAACGUAACCUACUCCCUCUCCUCCUUCUCCUCCGGCGAGCGGCGGCAACGUGCACGGAAAGACCGGCGUCUGCUCGAAAUCGGGUCGCAGAUAAAGCGUACUCUCGAGUCAGUCGUCACCGUCACCGCCUACCCAAGAUCCGAAAUCGAUGUGUAUCUGCAGGUUCUGCAGACGGAUGGUGGGGGGCUGCAUGCUGCAAUCAAUGCGGCGACGCUGGCGCUGAUUGAUGCGGGGAUACCGAUGACGGAUUAUGUGUGUGCUUGUUCGGCGGGGUGGGUGAAUAACCAGGCGAUUUUGGAUCUGAACUACCUGGAAGAAGCAGCGGAUGUGCCCACCCUCACAGUCGGCCUGCUACCAAAAAGCGGCAAGAUCACCAUGAUCUCGCUGGAAUCCCGGCUCCACGUCGACAAGCUCGAAGCAGUAAUCAACCUCGCAUCCGACGGAUGCCACCAGCUGAAAGAGGUCCUGGAUGAUGCGGUUAGGGAGUCGACGAAGAAGCUUGCGAAAACUAUCUUGCAGUGAUGGGAUUUUGUUACGAAGAAGGGAAACGCGGACUUGGGAAUGAGGGGGAUGAGGGGACUGUAGACGAGGGGAGUCGGCGUCGGCGUCGGCAGAAUGAUGGG